GUACGAUUGCUGCAUGACUUGCUUCCGAUAUACGCCCGCGAUCUGAAUCUUCAAUCGGAAAGUCGAAUACGUGUCUCUCCCUCGUUUUCAGCAUCGCCGUUACCAACGUCAACCCCAUCCGCACGCAUCCUUGAACCAUUGUGAUCAGCCACGCCCUGGACAUUCAGACACAAUGAACAACAGGCCUGUCGAGCAGGCGCUGGCUACGCUGUUGCCAACGCAUGCGCUUGAUCUCCCCCCAGAGCUCGUCAGCCUAGCCAUGUCUCUUGUCGCACAAUCGCGCAGCUUUUCUUCCAGCUUGAAGCCCGAGGAAGAGAUAGCUCGGCCUCACGCAUGCGCCGAAAUUGCUUGCAAAAGACUCACGCGCGCCCUCAAACUCCCCCCUCUUCUCGGCCAUCCACCAUGUCCUCCGCGACCCUACAAAAAGCUAUACGCAUUCCUCGACCGAUCCCUAUCGACCGGUGCCUCGCGCGCAGGGAGCGCCUCUGCCCCAGGAACCCCUUCACGGACUGGAUCCGCCCCCUCCACACCAACGAAGACAUCACGGACAACACAGAAGACACCAUCAAAGCCCACGGCGACCCCGCGGGGUCUACAAAACACACCCUCAAAAUCGACUCCUCUGAAAAGAGCACUCACCACCGACUCACUCAAUCCUUCCCCAUCCCCUAGACCCCAGAAGCUAGCCAAGUUCCGCCCGAGCGGCCUUUCAACCUCCACCAACAUCCCCGAUGCCCCUGCCUGGGUGAUGACCUCAAUCCGAACCGUCUGCAAGACUCUCUCCACCCCUGCCCCGCGCAUGAGCACCUGGUCCCGACCCCCGAUCUCCAGGACCCUCCCUCCUCAUAUUUUCACCGGCGUAUCCUCCAUCUUACACCUGAUAUCCGAAACCACGGGCAAACACGACGAGGACAUCGACGACGAGAUGAUGGAGUUCCUCCAGCCGAUCAUCAUAGCCACCGACAAAGACAAAGAUGAGGAUUUCAAGGAGCUGAUCUACGCGUUAAUUGUGGCCGUGUACUUCCUCGUCCUUGCCCGUCGACGCCAGCCAAGUGCCUCGGCUGAGAAUUCCGCGCGGGAGCCGGAAGCACAGAAAAUGGAUAAGAAGACCUUCUCGGAGAUGCGGCAGACCGCGCUUGUUAGUCUGGGGCUUUCGUCGACGGAGAGACGGCAUCGCGAGGAUGUGGAUCAGUGGAUUGCGCUUAUAAUGGAGCAGGGGUGGGUCCAUGGGAGGGAGUGGUUCGAGAAUAUCCCACUUGCCGGGGAAUUGGAUGGGGAUGAUGGGUGUUUGGAUGAUCAUGCGGGAGGGUUUGUUGAAGGGGAGGAUGAGCCUGCUCCCCGGUCUCGGAAGCAGAUGGGAGCUGGUCGGGGGCCUCUGAUGGGCGACUCGUCGAGGGGUGGCCUUCUUCCUGGCUUGGGGACUAUGAUGCAGGAUCGUGUGGAUUGGCUGAGUGACGACCGGAGGGAGGAUUACGUCGAGUGGAAGGCGGAUAUGUUGGCACGUAUCGAGCAGAUGGAGAGGAUUGCGCAGCCUGCUUGAACUCAAAGGCCGGGUUCCUUGCCACCGUGGACUAUAGCAAACGACUGAUACUACAAGAUAAUAGAAUAUG